GGACUCAGGUGAGGAAGAAAAAGCCGAUUACAUUUUGAUGCGAGUCAAAAUCAACCAAACAGUCCUCCAAAGAGUCAAAAUGGCAAAAAAAUGUGGUCCAUGAAGUGAACACAAAACAUUCACAGUGAAGCAGGCAGGAUAGUGAUAGUUUGACACUUGCUUGCAUGUAAAAUUUACACGUUCAUAGCUCUCAUUCCUUUAGGUCAGUCAUCAACUUACGUCUGAAAACAAACUUUAAAGUAAAAUCAUAUUGACUUACAAGUGGAGCUAAAAGGAAUAUUGAAAUAUUUUGAGCCCUGUAGCAGGAGUCUAGCUCACACAAAAACAAAAUUGUCACAUUUUAAAAUUUUGUUCAGUCUAUUUGUCACAGGCAAACUUUGUACGUGACACGCCUCUUGGUGCGCACGUUGGGUGUGUCAAAAUCUGCAUGAAAAUCGUGGCAAACAGAUAAAAAAGCCAAUCUGUCACUCAGUCAGUCGAGUGUGGUCGCUGCCUUCCAGUCCAAGCUCAAUCAGUCGGCAACAUGGUUCGGACGGUGUCCAAUGUGGUUCGGACGGUGGCCGUGAUCGGAGCGGGGCCAUCGGGUCUCACCAGCAUCAAGUCCUGCUUGGAUGAAGGUCUGGAGCCCACUUGCUACGAGAGCGGCCCCGAUAUCGGCGGUCUGUGGAGAUUCAAGGAGGAACCGGAGCCGGGGCGAGCCAACAUCUAUAAGUCGGUGGUCAUCAAUAGCUCCAAGGAGAUGAUGACCUUCAGCGACUUCCCACCACCGGCCCACUUCCCCAACAACAUGCACCACUCCGAGGUGCUGGACUAUCUGCGCCUUUACGCACGCUCCUUCGAGUUGCUGCAGCACAUCCGCUUCAAGACCGCCGUAGUGGGUGUGAGGCCGACUCCAGACUUUGCAGCCACCGGUGGUUGGGAGGUGGAGACCGAGAAGUGUGACGGCCAACGGGAGAGUCAUCUUUUUGACGCCGUGAUGGUCUGCACGGGACACUACACUACACCACGCCUGCCACUCAAGGAUUUCCCAGGUAUAGAGAGCUUUGAAGGCAAAUAUUUCCACAGUUGGGAAUACCGCUGCGCCGAGGGUCUACAGGGGAAACGCGUGGUGGUGGUCGGCAUUGGGAACUCUGGCGGUGACAUCGCAGUGGAUAUCAGUCGAGUUGCCGAGAAGGUGUACCUCAGCACCAGGAGCGGAGCGUGGGUGGUGAGCCGCGUGGGUCCCGGCGGGCUCCCACGGGACCUCUUUGGGAAGUCCCGAUUGGACGCGCUGAAGAGGAAACUGUUUCCUUCAUGGGUCAACGAGAUGAUGGUGAAGAAUCUCAAUCAGUCCUUUGAUCACAGUCUCUACGGGAUCAGACCAAAACGCGGCUUUUUUUUCCAGGGACCCGUGGUGAAUGACGACCUGCCGGCUCGUAUCAUUUCAGGACGCGUUCGGAUCAAACCCAAUCUCAAACGCUUCGACGCUUCAGACGCCAUCUUUGAUGAUGGUACCGUGGUACACAAAGUGGAUGUGGUGGUGUUCGCUACAGGUUACGACUACAACUUCCCCUUCCUGCCCAGCGACCUGCAGGACAAGUGCGGUCCAGGCCACCUUCACCGCCUCUACCGACACGUGUUUGCGCUCGGCCUGGCCCCGCCCACACUGGCUGUGAUUGGCUUAAUUGAUGGCUUGGCCCCCGUCAACUGUGUCGCAGAGUUGCAAGCUCGCUGGGCCACGAGGGUUUUUAAAGGUUUGAUAAGUCUCCCGUCACAGGAGGCUAUGAUAGAGGACAUCAAGAAAGAACGGACAACAUUGUCCAAAUGUUUGAUUAACAGCCAGAACGCCCUGUAUUUGGAUCACAUCCCAUACAUGGACUCCCUUGCUGUGGACGUGGGGGUUCGACCCAACGUCUUACGGCUCUUCCUCAGCGACCCCAAACUGGCGUGGCAGGUGCUGCUGGGUCCGUGCAACCCAUACCAGUACCGCCUGAUCGGGCCAGGGAAGUGGGACGGAGCCCGCCGGGCCAUUACCACCCAGUGGGAACGUGUGCAUCAUCCUUUCCGAAGCCAGAGGGCCGAACCGGGACCACAGACGAGAAUGUCUUAUAGGCUCAUUUGGCUUUUGUCAGGAAGUGCCAUCCUGACAUUCUGUUUCUACAAGAAUUUUCAUCUUCAUCUAUAAAGUUUUUUCUCUUAGAUCAAUAUGGAAUGUUUUUAUUUGGAAAAGAUACUGUUAAUGCAAAAGUCUACACACCCCUGCCUUUGUGAAAUAAAAACCAAAGGUUUUUUCUGCCA